CUAGUCGAAGCGGAGCGCAGGGACCACCCUUCCGCACAAGCGUGGUGCCCGGGCCUCAAGAGUUCCUGGCGGUCAACAAAAAUCGCUUUCAUUUCUCCCCCAAAUCAACAACUCUCCUUCCUCUCCAUACACAUUCCCGGAUUGAGCCUCAUCCAUCCACAGCACACCACUCUGAACUUUGCCUCCCUCUCUGCUUGUUAAUCAAGACUACCUUCUGUGAAGCUUCACCAACCAUCAAGAUGCGUGAGAUUGUCCACCUCCAGACCGGCCAAUGCGGUAACCAAAUUGGUGCUGCCUUCUGGCAAACUAUUUCUGGCGAGCAUGGUCUCGACAGCAAUGGCGUGUACAACGGUACCUCGGAGCUCCAGCUUGAGCGCAUGAACGUCUACUUCAACGAGGCUUCCGGCAACAAGUAUGUUCCCCGAGCCGUCCUCGUCGAUCUCGAGCCGGGUACCAUGGAUGCCGUUCGUGCUGGACCGUUCGGCCAGCUCUUCCGCCCCGACAACUUCGUUUUCGGCCAGUCUGGUGCUGGCAACAACUGGGCCAAAGGUCAUUACACUGAGGGUGCUGAGCUUGUUGACCAAGUUCUCGAUGUUGUCCGCCGUGAGGCUGAGGGAUGUGACUGCCUCCAGGGCUUCCAGAUCACCCACUCCCUCGGUGGUGGCACUGGUGCCGGUAUGGGUACUCUCCUCAUCUCCAAGAUUCGCGAGGAGUUCCCCGACCGCAUCAUGGCGACUUUCUCCGUCGUCCCUUCGCCCAAGGUCUCGGAUACCGUCGUUGAGCCCUACAACGCCACCCUCUCCGUCCACCAGCUGGUUGAGAACUCUGAUGAGACCUUCUGCAUUGACAACGAGGCUCUCUACGACAUCUGCAUGAGGACCCUCAAGCUGUCCAACCCGUCGUACGGCGAUCUUAACCACUUGGUUUCUGCCGUCAUGUCCGGGGUUACCACCUCCCUCCGUUUCCCCGGCCAGCUGAACUCGGACCUUCGCAAGCUUGCCGUCAACAUGGUUCCCUUCCCUCGUCUCCACUUCUUCAUGGUCGGCUUCGCCCCUCUGACCAGCCGCGGUGCUUAUUCGUUCCGUGCUGUCACCGUUCCCGAGUUGACUCAGCAGAUGUUCGACCCCAAGAACAUGAUGGCUGCCUCUGACUUCCGCAACGGCCGCUACCUGACUUGCUCCGCCAUCUUCCGUGGCAAGGUCUCCAUGAAGGAGGUUGAGGACCAGAUGCGCAACGUGCAGAGCAAGAACUCGUCCUACUUCGUUGAGUGGAUCCCCAACAACGUCCAGACCGCGCUCUGCUCCAUCCCUCCCCGUGGCCUCAAGAUGUCGUCGACCUUCGUUGGCAACUCGACUGCCAUCCAGGAGCUCUUCAAGCGUGUCGGCGAGCAGUUCACUGCCAUGUUCCGUCGCAAGGCUUUCUUGCAUUGGUACACUGGCGAGGGUAUGGACGAGAUGGAGUUCACCGAGGCCGAGUCCAAUAUGAACGAUCUGGUCUCCGAGUACCAGCAGUACCAGGAUGCUGGUGUUGACGAGGAGGAGGAAGAGUACGAGGAGGAGGCCCCGCUUGAGGGCGAGGAGUAGGGGCCUUCUAGAAACCUCUAGGGGCUUUCCGACCGACGUCUAGUUCUUGAAGACGCCGCCGGCUUUGGUCCUUCUACUGUUAUGGGAUUUGCAAUUCUUGAAGGCGACUGAUGGCGAAUACCUUGCACUCACAUCCCGGUUUGAUAGUUAGCACCUUUCUCCCCGGUUUCAGUAGUUGGUAGGGAAAAGGCAAUGCAUGUUGCUAGAUAUACCUGGCAGCUUAAUACACUACUCUACCGCGUACCUCCCAUGAUACCUCAGAAAACCACGUACAAUGCAUUCGUUUACGUGGACCAACUCACGAGACUGCAGUGAUCGGAUUCACCCAUUUUGGGGUGGUCAUCUAUUUUAUCAACUACUUAAUAACCUGG